CGAGCCACCGUAUUGAGAGGCACAACGAAGCCGCAAUAGACUCGACAAUGCCUGGGACUGAAUAUGCUGUCAAAGACGGGAUUAUUUGUUUUCCGACGUGAUCUUGACAAUUAUACAUGUUGACAUGUUUCAUUUGCGAUGUUUACUCGAUAGAUAGCUAGGCUAUAUUUUAUAUUUCGCUGUCACUAUCCGUGUUCCUCUGAUUGUCCUAUUCACAUUCUCAUGGCGGAGACUAAAAUUAUAUACCAUAUUGACGAGGAGGAGACUCCUUAUUUAGUGAAACUGUCGGUUCCUCCUGAGAAAGUAACGUUGGCGGAUUUCAAAAAUGUCCUCAACAAUCGCCCAGUCAAUAGCUACAAAUUCUUCUUUAAAUCUAUGGAUCAGGAUUUUGGGGUCGUCAAAGAGGAGAUUUCUGAUGAUAACGCCAAACUGCCCUGCUUCAAUGGGAGAGUGGUGGCCUGGCUGGUGCUGGCAGAAAGCUCCCAUUCGGAUGGCGGAUCUCAAUGCACAGAGAGCCACCCCGAGCUUCCGCCUCCUCUGGAAAGAACAGGAGGCAUCGGUGACUCCAGACCCCCUUCUUUCCAUGCCAAUGCUGUGAGCAGUCGGGAUGCCCUGGACGCAGACACAGGCACGGAGUCGCUGCUCAGCCAACGCCGGGAGAGAGAGCGUGACCGCGCCCGCCGGAGAGCCCACAACGCAGAGAUCUCCCGGGUCAACGGGCACUCCAAAACUGAUCGCGGCGCCCGCGACUCGGCCAUGGGAUUCGACAGCGCCUCCAUGAUGAGCAGUGAGCUGGAAUCCAGCUCCUUCGUGGACAGCGAGGAGGACGAGGACACCAGCAGACUCAGUAGCUCCACAGGGCAGAGUUCAUCCUCCCAGCUCAUGCGCAGACACAAGCGGCGGCGGCGGAGGCAGAAAGUGGCCAAAAUGGACCGGUCAUCUUCGUUCAGUAGCAUCACCGACUCCACCAUGAGCCUCAACAUCAUCACCGUCACUCUCAACAUGGAAAAGUACAACUUCCUGGGCAUCAGCAUAGUAGGCCAGAGCAACGACAGGGGUGACGGAGGAAUCUACAUCGGUUCCAUCAUGAAGGGUGGCGCUGUGGCUGCUGAUGGCAGGAUCGAGCCCGGCGACAUGCUCCUACAGGUUAACGAUGUGAACUUUGAGAACAUGAGCAAUGACGACGCUGUGAGGAUUCUGAGAGAAAUUGUGUCCAAGCCGGGUCCCAUCAGCCUAACCGUGGCCAAGUGCUGGGACCCGUCCCCUCGAAGCUACUUCACUAUCCCCAGAGCUGAACCAGUGAGACCCAUUGACCCUGCUGCCUGGAUCUCCCACACCACAGCUCUGACUGGGCCAUACCCUCACUAUGAACUUGAUGACCUGCCUCUCUCUGUGAAUAAAACCGACAUGGCGACCAUCGUGAAGGUGAUGCAACUCCCAGAUUCUGGCCUGGAGAUUCGUGAUCGGAUGUGGCUGAAAAUCACUAUCGCUAACGCUGUUAUAGGUGCGGAUGUGGUGGACUGGCUGUACACGCGAGUGGACGGCUUCAAGGACCGGCGGGACGCACGCAAGUACGCCAGCAGCCUCCUGAAGCACGGCUACCUGAGACACACGGUCAACAAGAUCACCUUCUCCGAGCAGUGCUACUACACCUUCGGGGACCUGUGCCAAAACAUGGCGUCUCUCAACCUAAACGAAGGCUCCAGUGGCGGCGCCUCGGAGCAGGACACCCUGGCCCCUCUGCCCCCUCCCGCCACCAACCCGUGGCCCCUGGGCGGGCAGCCGUACCCGUACCCGUACCCCACCGCGCCGCCCACCUUCCCGCCUGGCUACUCUGACCCGUGCCACAGCUUCCACAGCGGCAGCGCCGGGAGCCAGCAAAGCGAAGGUAGCCGAAGCAGCGGCUCCAACCCCAGCGCUGGCACGGGGACUGGACGCCGGCCUUCCCCGCGGGACAAGGAGCCCAAGUUGGCGAGCGGAGGCAGUGGCGUCGGUGUGGUUGGCGUCGGUGUGGUUGGCAUCGGCGGCAUCAGCGUCGGAGUGGCGGGCAGCGAGUCCGAGCAGGGCACGUGGGGUGGCCGGCGGCCGCCGGGCAACCGCUCGGCCAGUCAGCUGAGCCACCACAGCAGCCACGCGCACUCGCACUCGCACUCGCAGUCCCACCGGAGCCACUGCCCGUCGCAGCACAGCUACGCCUUCUCCUACAGCCACGCCCUCCCCUCCGCCAUCACCACCACCGCCACCGGCGGCCCGCCCAACCACCACAACCACCACCAACACCACCAACAACACCACCACCACCACCAACCCCAUCACCAGCAGCAGCAGCAGCAUCAGCACCCGGCGUCCUGCGGCCACAGCGACCGGAGUCACGCCUCUUCCUACGGGCCCCCGGGCCUGCCGCCGCCCUACUGCAUGGCGCGCUACGCGCCCAAGGCCUCGGCCCCCUCGGCCGCCGCGUCCAGCAACAGCCCCCCCGGGGCGCCCCCGGUGCGCGAGCUGGCCGACGUGCCGCCCGAGCUGACCGCCAGCCGCCAGUCCUUCCAGCACGCCAUGGGGAACCCCUGCGAGUUCUUCGUGGACAUCAUGUAGCAGGGGACAGUGCCUUUUUAUUAGCGUAAAAAACCAGACAGGACGUUAUAAGGAGCCCAGCACAAGGUAAUGCGUCAGAUCUGCUGCACAAGCACCUGUCCCCAGGCUCCACAUGCAAACAGGCGCGCGCACACACACACACACACACACACACACACACACACACACACACACACACACACACACACACACACACACACACACACACACACACACACACACACACACACACCAAUACACAUGCAGAUAUUCACACACACACACACACACACACAUGUAUACACGCAUACACGUACACUCAUUCACACCCUCUUUUCUGCGUAGUCCAGGACGCGAUUUCUUCAGCUUGUCUCUCUGCUCCGCCAUGAAGUGUCAUAUCAACAAAGCACACUAAGCCGUUGCACAGCAACAGUGUUCUAACCACACAGUAACAAAAGCAACUACACCACGUAGGUAUAACCGAGGCACAAGUGGUCGCGUUGUGUGUUUGCCAAAGCGGGUGCUGUUGCUUUGCCAACCCAGCCAUCCUUGUCCUGGACAGACUGCGACCGGUCUCCUUGUCUCUGGGUCUGGACUUCAAUCCCUGGACCCAGGAGGCCCCAGAAAGGGGAAUCCUGUGGAUGUCAGCUGGACAGGUGUGAUUGUGUAUUCCAGCAAUAGCUUAUUUGGUCUUUUCUUACUUUGUAUGGUGAACCUGAGCUACCUUAUGAAACAGCAGGAAUGGGGUUGUUGUGUGUGUGUGUGUGUGUGUGUGUGUGUGUGUGUGUGGGAGGGAUGUGCGAGUGGUUUCACUGCGUCAGUGGACGCACGGAAGGACACACUCGACUCUGGUGGGUGGACAUGGCUGCUCAAUUGCAUGACUGGUGGCGCUGAUGCUCAAGUCAAAACUUUUUUUUUUUCUUAAUCGUAAGUGAUUUAAAACAAAAAGAAAAACAAAACAAAACAAAAAAAAAUCUGGAGUCAAGAUUCUCCAAAAAUCCAUGCACUGGAUUAAUGUUUUUAUUUUAUGUUUUUAUUUUUUGUUUGUUUGUUUGUUUGUUUGUUUUAUUGCUAUUUAUGUGAUGUUGAAUUGACUGUGUCAUACCUUGUCCCAGUGACAGCCAGACAAUCAGACUUUGCAGUUUGCUGUUGGUGGUGGUGGCCAGGUCGCGGGAGGCCGUGCUUUGUGGAAUGUAUUUUUGUAGAAGAUGAAAUCAGUUGUGACAACUCAUUUCGUACCUGUGACUUUCCUCCUCAACACUAAUUUUGAAAAAGUCUGUUGCCAUAAAAUAACAUCAGUAACAUGUUUUAAACAACGACAACAAAUGCACGGUCAGAAAUGAUGCAUAACCCUUAACGUGAAAACAGACAAAAAAAGACUACAGCUUGGAUAUAGUAUACCUAAAUGGUCAAAUGUUGGAGUUGAAAUGAAUACCUAAAUGUCUAAUGUCCUACAGGCAGAAGGUGGGGAGACUGAUAACUCCGUGUUGCUGUAGAUUUGGGAAUAUCCGUUGUUGUGGAGUAUACGUUGGUGAAACUGACAUGUUGUCUUUGAGCACACUUGGUCUGCAGAUGUAAUGUUCUCUUGUAUUUUUGCCUGUACUUGUCAACCAAGGCCCAAUGGGGAAGAAUUUGCAGCAUUCUGAUUUGAGCACUUUUAAAAAAAAAAAGAAAAAAAAAACUUUGGCCCUUUGAGUAUGAAACACUGCGAUGGAAGCUUUUUUUUGGCUUUGUUUAACAAAAGGAAAAAACAUAACAAAUUGUACAUAGAAUUAUAUAUUAUAUAUAUGAGGAAUAAAAUAUACGUAAUACAA